GGCUUCAGUCUGCUGCCGCCGGGGCCGGGGCUAGGGUUAGUGCUGGAGCUGGGCUAGGGUUAGUUCUGGAGCUGGGCUAGGGUUAGUUCUGGAGCUGGACCAGGAAGAGCUGCAGCUGGGCCGGGGCCGCGAGGAGGGGCGUGUUGCUGCUGGCCCACCGCGAGCCGCCCCCAGCCCGCGCCGAGGCGCCUUCCCGCCAGGCCGCCUGCCUUCCGCCUCUUUCCAUUUCCCCGGAAUCUCAGCCCGGCGCGCCUGGACCCCUGCCCCUCUCUGGGUGGAGAAGCUCCCGGCCGCUUCCCGGUUUCACUCCUUCUCAGCCUGGGCUCCCAGCCCCCUCUCUCCUUUUCCUGCACUGGGUCUCACCCCCUUCGGUCCCCUUCCUUUAGCUCAGGCUCCCUACCCCUUCCUUUAGCCCACAGCCCAGAGUCCCAGCUCCUCAGUCACUUUCCUCAGCCAAAGGUCCCAGCCUUCCCUCUUCCUUUCCCUUGCACGGGUCCAGCCUAUCCUGCCCCUUCCUCUAUCCCUAGGGCUCAGUUUCCCACAUCCGUCCUCCCCCUUCCCAGGCCCGGAGUUCCAAACCUUUUGGUCUCCUUCCGUGGUCCUUCCUGGGUCCUUGCCCCCUUUCCCCACUUUGGAGUUCCAGAUUGCAAACCCAGCCUCCCUCCACCCCCAGAAAAUUGCUUCCAUGGAAAUGCCUCUCUAAAAGAUGAACUUUUCCUAGAGACUACGCCAGUCUCUCUUCCCACUUGCUGACCCUUUGCUACCUAUGUGCCCGGUUUUACUCUCAUUUGGGUAAGGUCGAGGCCGGCUCUGGAAGCAGCACCAUGGUUCUGCGGUCUGGCAUCUGUGGCCUCUCUCCACAUCGGAUCUUCCCUUCCUUACUCGUGGUGGUCGCUUUGGUGGGGCUGCUGCCUGUUCUCAGGAGCCAUGGCCUCCAGCUCAGCCCAACUGCCAGCACCAUUCGAAGCUCAGAGCCACCACGAGAACGCUCGAUUGGGGAUGUCACCACCGCUCCACCGGAGGUCACCCCAGAGAGCCGCCCUGUUAAUCAUUCCGUCACUGAUCAUGGCAUGAAGCCGCGCAAGGCCUUUCCAGUCCUGGGCAUCGACUACACACACGUGCGCACCCCCUUCGAGAUCUCCCUCUGGAUCCUUCUGGCCUGCCUCAUGAAGAUAGACCUGAUGUUCCCAGAGGGUGAGACCCUGUCUCUCCAACAUAGUAGGACCCCCUGAAAUGUGGAUUGAAACAAGCAAGAAAUAAAAGUGCUGUUUGGAAGAAUGAUGGGGAAAAACACAGAGAGAGACUGAUUGCCCGGGUAUGGGGAAGGAUGCUUGCCCAGGUUUCCAUGUGAUCCCCACUAUCUCAAGCAUCGUCCCGGAGAGCUGCCUGCUGAUCGUGGUGGGGCUGCUGGUGGGGGGCCUGAUCAAGGGUGUAGGCGAGACACCCCCCUUCCUGCAGUCCGACGUCUUCUUCCUCUUCCUGCUGCCGCCCAUCAUCCUGGACGCGGGCUACUUCCUGCCACUGCGGCAGUUCACAGAAAACCUGGGCACCAUCCUGAUCUUUGCCGUGGUGGGCACGCUGUGGAACGCCUUCUUCCUGGGCGGCCUCAUGUACGCCGUGUGCCUGGUGGGCGGUGAGCAGAUCAACAACAUCGGCCUCCUGGACAACCUGCUCUUCGGCAGCAUCAUCUCGGCCGUGGACCCCGUGGCGGUUCUGGCUGUCUUUGAGGAAAUUCACAUCAAUGAGCUGCUGCACAUCCUUGUUUUUGGGGAGUCCUUGCUCAAUGACGCCGUCACUGUGGUCCUGUAUCACCUCUUUGAGGAGUUUGCCAACUACGAACACGUGGGCAUCGUGGACAUCUUCCUCGGCUUCCUGAGCUUCUUCGUGGUGGCCCUGGGCGGGGUGUUUGUGGGCGUGGUCUACGGGGUCUUCGCAGCCUUCACCUCCCGAUUUACCUCCCACAUCCGGGUCAUCGAGCCGCUCUUCGUCUUCCUCUACAGCUACAUGGCCUACUUGUCAGCCGAGCUCUUCCACCUGUCAGGCAUCAUGGCGCUCAUAGCCUCAGGAGUGGUGAUGCGCCCCUAUGUGGAGGCCAACAUCUCCCACAAGUCCCACACCACCAUCAAAUACUUCCUGAAGAUGUGGAGCAGCGUCAGCGAGACCCUCAUCUUCAUCUUCCUCGGCGUCUCCACGGUGGCCGGCUCCCACCACUGGAACUGGACCUUCGUCAUCAGCACCCUGCUCUUCUGCCUCAUCGCCCGCGUGCUGGGGGUGCUGGGCCUGACCUGGUUCAUCAACAAGUUCCGUAUCGUGAAGCUGACCCCCAAGGACCAGUUCAUCAUCGCCUAUGGGGGCCUGCGAGGGGCCAUCGCCUUCUCUCUGGGCUACCUCCUGGACAAGAAACACUUCCCCAUGUGUGACCUGUUCCUCACUGCCAUCAUCACCGUCAUCUUCUUCACCGUCUUUGUGCAGGGCAUGACCAUUCGGCCCCUGGUAGACCUGUUGGCUGUGAAGAAAAAGCAAGAGACGAAGCGCUCCAUCAACGAAGAGAUCCACACACAGUUCCUGGACCACCUUCUGACAGGCAUCGAGGACAUCUGUGGCCACUACGGUCACCACCACUGGAAGGACAAGCUCAACCGGUUUAAUAAGAAAUAUGUGAAGAAGUGUCUGAUAGCUGGCGAGCGCUCCAAGGAGCCCCAGCUCAUUGCCUUCUACCACAAGAUGGAGAUGAAGCAGGCCAUCGAGCUGGUGGAGAGCGGGGGCAUGGGCAAGAUCCCCUCUGCUGUCUCCACCGUCUCCAUGCAGAACAUCCACCCCAAGUCCCUGCCUUCCGAGCGCAUCCUGCCAGCACUGUCCAAGGACAAGGAGGAGGAGAUCCGCAAAAUCCUGAGGAACAACUUGCAGAAGACCAGGCAGCGGCUGCGGUCCUACAACAGACACACGCUGGUGGCAGACCCCUACGAGGAAGCCUGGAACCAGAUGCUGCUCCGGAGGCAGAAGGCCCGGCAGCUGGAGCAGAAGAUCAACAACUACCUGACGGUGCCAGCCCACAAGCUGGACUCACCCACCAUGUCUCGGGCCCGCAUCGGCUCAGACCCACUGGCCUAUGAGCCGAAGGAGGACCUGCCUGUCAUCACCAUCGACCCGGCUUCCCCGCAGUCACCCGAGUCUGUGGACCUGGUGAAUGAGGAGCUGAAGGGCAAAGUCUUAGGGUUGAGCCGGGAUCCUGCAAAGGUGGCUGAGGAGGACGAGGACGACGAUGGGGGCAUCAUGAUGCGGAGCAAGGAGACUUCGUCCCCAGGAACCGACGAUGUCUUCACCCCCGCGCCCAGUGACAGCCCCAGCUCCCAGAGGAUACAGCGCUGCCUCAGUGACCCAGGCCCACACCCUGAGCCUGGGGAGGGAGAACCGUUCUUCCCCAAGGGGCAGUAACGCCAGGGCCAGCAGGCAGCGCCUGUCCCCUCACAGACUCUCCCACCAGAGCAGGGGCUGCUGGGGGCUCCCCUUGCCCUUCCUGACCCGGAUUGGCCCUGCCCCUCCCCCUACCGCAUGGCAGCUGGGCCCACAGCCCCCACCCCAGCACAGCUCCUCCCCCGCCGCCUCCCAGGAAGCAUCCUCCCCACCAGAGCUGCCUCCCCAAUCCAUUUGGCAGAACUGCUGGGGCUGGUGAGGCCGGCCCUGCCCCUCCCUAGAUCCAGGCUUCUCCCGGACCUGGACUAGGGCCUCCGAGGCUCCUCCCUCUGCCUCAUCCUCCUCCUCAUUCAGACCAAUCUUAGUUUCUAACCAAAGAGUCUCUGGCUCAGCUGUGGUCCCACCCAGGAAGGGAGGGAGCUGAGGCCUCCCUCGAGUAGGCCCUGCUUUAUCAGGGGACAAACCAGGGGUACUAGGCACAUGGCUCGGGGAGGGACUGCUGACCCACCAAGGUCUCACACUCCUGCCAGCUCUGUCACCCUGGCCACCACCCAACCUGUCCUUACUCAGAGCUGCGGGCUGAGGGCAUCUCUGAGCGUCUCUGCCUGGAGCAGGGGUGGUUUCUACGGUGACAGUGACGUGACUCAGAGCUUUUCGAACUGUGCUCCCAUGGGGACCACUGGGCCCCUCAGGGGAUGCUGCUAGGGGAAGGACUGGCCGUGGCUCCAGAAUGUGCUGCCUUUUUAAGUUUUGUUUGUUCACACUCCUAUAUAUGAUUGUUUGCACAGAGGGCACUCCUGUUUUUAAAACAUUUUGAAAACCCCUGGCUGAACAGUGCUCUGCCUCUAACUCCCUCCUCACACUCCAGAAUUACCCUUCCUCAUCUGUGCCUGUCUGUCCAACCCCUCCCCCACGUCUCUCUGCCUGCUGGGCUCUUAACUGUUGCUCGAAGACUGUGACAUCAGAAGUAACUCCCACUCCUAAUCAAGAGUCUCUCCAGCCUCACAGAUGCUGGCCUCUUGGCACCUGCCUAGCUCUUGGGCCUGACCUCCAGUCCUGCUGGCCUGCUCUUACUUCCCCCACCCUGGGUUUGGCCCCUGGAACCUUUCCCUUGUGUGUACCACACCCUGCCUGCUGUGGAGCCCAUUGUGGAGGCGGUGGGGGGGAGAAGGCCUCCCCUGAGGAUCCCCUGUCCCCUGGGGCUGGUGGGUUGGGCAGAAUCCUGGGCCCCCAGAGACCUUUGCCCACACACACUCCUUCCCCUUGUCCCUGGGGCACUCCCUCAGGAUUGUGCAAUAGUCAGAGUGUCCCUUUUUGCAGGGGACUGGGCCAUGGGUCCUCGGCCCAUCUGUCCAUCCUCCUCUCCAUGCAAGUGCUGUUUGGGCAGGAGUCACCAUGCAAGGGUGAAAUCGACAACCACGUACCAAGCCACCGCAGCUGCUGCCACUCUGCCGCCUGUACAGAAGAAACUGAAUCUUUUUCAUAUUCUAAUAAAUCAAUGUGAGUUUUUAA